GCUUUCACUUAUUUGUUUCUCUGUGCUGUGGUUUCUUUGUUGUUGGAGGGGCGGCUAUGGCGAUCCCCAGGGUUUGCAGGAGGUGAGCGUGAGAGGCUUGGUGGCGCGAUUGGGAGGGGCGGAGCCACGGCGCCGAGCUAGCGGGCGGAAAUUUUGGAUUGUUUGAUCAGUCCGAGGCAAGUUCUUAGGUCGCUAGAAUCGUUGCUGCUGGCGCUGCUCCUCGUCGCGGCAUGGGAUUUGGCUUAGAUCGCCAUGGUUCUAGCUAGACCAGGUCAAAAUUUCUGGAAAGGGGAGCCGGGCUGCCUGCGUUGCUGCUAGGAAAAUGUGGCACCAGUUCGAUGAGAUUUCUCGAUUCGUCGGCUAUGAUUUGAGCGGUUUCUAGGAGGACGAAGAGCGUAGAAGCCCUUUGAGAUGCACACUGCGACUGUGCAAGGAGGGGGAGCGCCAUCAAAGUCCACUUCAAGCCCCUCGCAACCAAAGCUCGAUGCUUCACAAAAUGCCGGGGGCUCGCUCACACCCAACAAGAGCAAGAAGAGGGAGAGAAUUGAGAGCUCCAAUGAGGCAAACAAGCGAGAAAGGUCCGUAAAUCUGGAGGAUGGUGACUCCAAGAGCGAUCAAACCGUAGAGGAGUUUGGUGGCAUUGACAAGGAUGGCCUUACAAGCGUUGCCAGUGUUGAAAAGCUCGUCACAGCCAUGCAGCAGGACCGAAGUGACGGGUCGAAGAAACCGGCGUACUGCGCCAACAAAAGGACUGUCCUCUCAGCAGCCAUUCUCGCGACUGAGAACCACGAGUACUUGGACCGAUUUGUGCAGCUGGGAGGGGUGGCUUUGUUUCACGAGUGGCUCCAGGAAGCUUACAAGGGGAAGAGCGGUGACGGGGAAAGCCCGAGAGAGGCGAUCAAGGGUGUUGAGGAGCUGCUGCUGACGAUACUGUCGGCGCUGGAGAAGCUGCCCGUGGAUUUGCAGGCUCUGAGGUGUCAGGUUGGCAAGUCCGUCAACAAUCUCAAGAGCCACAAGAACCUGGAAAUCAAGGAGAAAGCACGAAAGCUGGUGGAAACGUGGAAGAAGCGUGUUGGGGAUGAGAUGAACUCGUCAGGUGGUGCAAAGGCUGCAGGACACGGCAGCGCAUGGUCCACAACUUUGAAAAAUCCCAUGAAUGUCAGCCCCUCGGACGUCGCCAGCCAAACAGCAGGAGCGAAUGGUGCUUCCGUCACAAAGCUCAAAUCGGAGAAAGGAACCAAUCAGCCGCAGCACAGUAAUGGUCAGCCAUAUAACAAUGCCAUUGCGGGCUCUAUCACUUGGAAGGACGACGCAAAAUCAUCUUCCGGUUCUAAAUCCAACAGUUCCAACCAUCGCCACAACAAAGGCUCCGCGGCGAAAGAAACUACUGUGGGUAAGCCGCUUACUUGGGCCAGGGAAAAAGGAGAACUUUCGGCUCCGGAGUCCAUCACCAAAGUUUUGAGGCUACCGAGGUCAUCUUCCCUAGGUGUUAACGAGGAAGUUUUUGGACCAGGAAGUCAGGGAUCUUCGCCGAGCCUUCCUGACCAGACGGCGGUUUCGAGCAUUGCGGAGGCACCGGAUGUAAGGCAGAGACUUCACGGGCCUAAUGACGGGAAAGAGGACGUAGAAAACACUCAAGCAGCUGCUGAAAACAAGUCGGAGGUGUCUCGGACGUCCGAUUCAAAUGACAGGGCUGCCGUCUCCAUGGCUAUCAUUCCGGUGUCAGCGAUCAGCAGAAUAUCAGGGGAUGCAGCUGUAGGGGCCUCCGGACGGAGUACUAUAAUGUCGGAGAUAGGCACGGUAGAUCAGGAGGUGGCUGGAUCUACUGCGGACCGCAGUAGUGUUGAGAACCACCAUGUACCAUCGGAAUCGAAGGAGGAAGCAAGACGGAAAGAUGCACACGACGGUGUUGACGGAGCCAACUGCGCAUCAAGUUCCUCUUUUACGGAAAUGUCAGUCGACCUCAAGGGCCAAGGCGAUGAGGCAAGGGAUGCAAUGAGCUCAGCUGUGGAUGAAAGUCACGUUGGUGAAAAUGCGAGGCCUAGGCAGGAGUUGGAGGGCCUGGGCGAAAGUCCUGAGCCGCGGUGUAAUACCUCUCAAACGCUCAGGAGACCCGACGACCAUACCAAGCCGGCAGAUACUUACCUUCAAAGUGAAAAGAGGGAUACUCCGAGUCCGAAUGGUGCCGUUAGUGGGAGAGGAAGCUAUGAAGGCGGUCCUGGACGAGGGCUGGAAUCCUGGGCUGAGAAGAGGAACAGUUUCUUCCUUGGGAAGAACUCAAGCUCUGAAGAGUCGAGAAAGAAUGCUGCUGAGCAGGGAAAAGGGACGUCGCAACAAGAAACUAAGAUUGUGGAGUCGACGUCAGAGUUUGAAGAUGAUGCUCUUGAGGUGGCGCAGCAAAUUGCUAAGGAGGUCGAGCAGGAAGUUGAGACAUCUCAUUUGUCUUCGGAGGAUCGGGACGCCAAGCUUCAUCUUCUCUCGACAGUGAAGGACCCCGAUUCGAGUCCGCGCCAUCUUCUGGAAAGGUGCUCUCUUGCUUCAGUGUCGAUGCAAGAAAAUCAGGAGCCGGGGGAUUCUAAGGCAGCUGAUGGUAAUGAGGAUACUACAGUUUCAGACCAGGCAGCGGGAACAGAGGCUGCAGGAGGUCACGUAGAAAGUCCAGAACAUUCUCCGGGAGCUUUGAAUGGUUCUACUCAAGGUGGCAACGAGAAACCAGGCCCAACUUUGGACGCGUCAGACUUGAAGGCAGAGGAAGAAAAGCCAGCCGAAGCAGCAGGCUUGUCCAGACCCGACUUCGAUCUGAACGAAGGCCUCGGAGGUGACGAAGGUUUCAAGGAUGUCUCCUGUGCUCCCGUCUUGAACUUGAUCGCUUCUGCCGCGCUUCCGACGACUCCGAUCCCAGUUCUCCCUACAACCAAAGGCGCGUACGUUCCUCCAGAGUCUCUGAGGAAGUCCAAGGCCGAGACCGGGUGGAAAGGCUCGGCAGCGACCAGCGCUUUCCGUCCCGCCGAGCCUAGGCGAGCGAACGAAGCAGUGCAGCAGCAGCAUCAACAAGACGCCGGUGAAAGCAAGCAAACUCGUCAGCCUCUAGACAUCGACCUCAACAUCGCUGACGAAAGCACAGGUUUCGAGAACUCGUUCGUGCCGAAGGCGUUUGCUGCCGUGAAAGCCAGCGCCUCGACCUCCGGGCGUGCCGACUUCGACCUCAACUGCGCCGACGACUGCGAAGAUGGGAGGGGAAUGGGGCUGGAUAUGAAAGUUCAUAGCUCCGGCCAAUCCAGAACCGCAGCAGCAGGAGCGGCAGAAGCUAGCACCCGCGGCAUGGCACGAGACUUCGACUUAAACGGUCCGGUUGACGAUGAAGAGCCAUCGACGCUAGUCCAGCACAUGAGCUUGCGGAGCACGGAGAACUGCAACGCCAACAACAGCGCUGCUAGCUUGGGUCCAGCGGCGGCGGCGGUCCCUUCCGGCUUUCGGAUGGGUGGCGACUUGGUUGGCGUAGCGCCGUGGUUCCCGCCAGGCAACUCCUUCUCGGCGGUGGCGAUACCAGCGCUACCAAUGGCCAGAGCCGCGGAGGCGAGCUACCAGGUUCCAACGCAGCCGUUUCUCAACGCUGGAGGUGGCGCGAUACACUUCAACAUGGAUCUCUACAGGGGAGGCAUGACGCUGGCCACUCCGGCGGUCGCCUAUCCUGGGAGCGCUCCGGUGCCUUACCCGUAUGCUGCCGCUGGCUUUCCAUUCUCCAACUAUUCCUUCAACGCUUCAUCGUCCGCGUUCCCGGCUUCCUCGUUCGUGGAGGCUCCAGGCCCGGCUCCUCCACAGUACCAGGCGGCGGUGUCCUCGCAGAUAGGUGGCGGUCCGGGUGCCAUGAGUCGGUUCAUAAGGCCGCAUUUGAUGGGGAUCGCGGACGCUGGAAGAGCUGGAGAUGGCGGCGGUGGUGUUGGCGUUGGCGUUGGCGGCGGAGGUGGCAGCGCGUGGACGAGGCCGAGCUUGGAUCUAAACACCGGGCCGGAGGUGGUGGCGGAUGAUCUUAGACGGGGAGUGCCGCUGGAAGACCACUUGCGAGGAUUCGGGCAAGUGGCGACGCAGGCCGGGAAGCGCAAGGAGCCGGAAAGUGGCUGCGACGCGUUCCAAGCUAACUACAAGCAGCCGGCGUGGUGUUGAUGGCUUCGCUGUUGGGAUCAUCGGUCCAGAGUUCUUGGAAGUUUACGACGGAGAUCCUUUUGUGAUCUUCCACGACGUUCGUUUUAUUCGCGAAGAGCCGACGAUCACCGAUCGACGUUUAACGGUACAGUUCUACACUGAGCAGCAGAGCAGUAGAAGAAGAUUUGUUAAAAUUGGAAGCGAGAAUUCGAAUGUUUUUCGUUUACCUCU